AUGGAACUGCUGAGACCGUCUGAUCUCGUCUGUCUCAGCCUCUGCAGCCAUUAUAUUUUCAACAGCAUCGACACGCACUGGCUGAGGGGGAACAAGGACUUGAAUGUCGCCGCCCUUACCCAGGUAGCAGGCGACCUUCCGGACGACUACUGCUGCCACUAUUGUGCAAAGCUGCAUGCUACCAAAUAUGUAUUCCCGCCAGGAUGGUUGGUUACAGGCGGCGAUUGGUGCAGAGGCAGCCUGGCCAAUGCAUUCCGCGAAGACACAUUCGAGCCGCUGGGACAUCUAUUCGAGGCCCAUUGGGCGCCAACAAGAUACAAUUUCCGGCACAAUCACCUCUUAAUCGCCAUGAAGAAUUACUAUGCCGGCAUCAGGACCCAAGUUACAUCACGGUCUCUGUGCUAUACGGAGGUGCUGAACUGGAAGCACGAUCGCUUGGUCACCACCCUACUCUCCGUCGACGCCUACCCCUGCAUCCUGGGGGAGGGCCGCAGAACCCUAAUUCUUCAAAUCCAACAAUGGGUUGUUUACCGUGGCAACCGGGAGUCCACCGGCGCAUUGGGUCUCACAGGAGACGUUUGUCGUUUGGCAAUUUGUGCUCACAAAUACCUAAGUUCCAACGACGUGCGGCAGUACAUGCUAAGUGCCCUGCAUAGAGGAGGCUGGCGAAGGGAUCAUAUGCCGAGUGCCCUGAGAUGCUGCCCAAUCUGCUGGAUUGACUUCACCAUUGAGCUUCGUCAGUUCGAGACGAACUCCAAGGCAAUUGUCGUUACCAAAUGGGUGGACCUUGGAGCUGGACUAGAGCUCAAUGAUCCAAGGUGGUACUUGAUCACUAACCAGCAGAUCAAAACCACUUUAGCUGGCCAGAUAAUCUAUUCUCCAGGAAGGGCCCGCCGGAUAUUGGACGCUGCCGACCCCAGAAUGGGAGAACCGGCACAGCUUAGCGCUCUGACGGCUUACAACCAGAGCUUCCUGGAGGGAGAUAGAUAUGUGAACUAUCUGUACCGGGGCACGAACGGCUACCAUAGCUGGUGUGGGGAGUACUAUGCACGGAACCCCGAGGAUCUAAUAAUCCGCGUGGUUCCCUGA